AUGUUCGUCCCGUUAUCAUCACCCUGGGCAUUCCUCGCCAUCCUCGCAUCGAGCCUUAUCCCAGCCGUUAUCGCGGCCUGCAGUCGAGAUGAACUCCUCCUCACAGUCGGCCAGUUCCUGCUGGGACUGACCAUGGGCCAAGCUGGCCCCUUGGAAAACAUCGCCGACGACUUCCAAUACGUCGAAAACAACAAACCCACCGUAAUCGUCUCGGGAAUCUUCAACAACAUCCUCAAGAUCGACUUCAACCGCACCAUCAUCGACAUGACCACCUGCUCAACCUUCACUGAAGUCGUUUCCGCCAUCUCCUUCAAGCCCUUUGUGCUCGGCGCUCAGAUACGUCACUCCCCCAGCGACAACAGCGUCUACAAGAUUGACACCAUCGUCUCCACCACGGGCUCAUGGCUCUUCAACGCCAGUCGAACCCUUCAAUACGCUCGGCAAGAAAACUGGCCUGUCAUUCCAUCUGCUCAGCGAGACACCCGACAGACGCUCCAAGCAGCAGCUGAUGCCUAUUUGGACAUGUGGAGCAACAAGAGUGCUAUUGACGCGGUCCCAUGGGGGACGCCAUGUGCACGGCUAGAGGGGAGUGUGUAUACCGGAAAAGGGGCACCGGAUGAUUCGUGCAAAGUGGGCAUCCCGAGCAACAACACACAGCCGCCCAACUCUGACCGGCGCUAUGUCAUUGAUGAGAGCAUGGGGACUGUGAGCGUGCUUUGCAACUUUGAGCACCUGGGGAAUGCAGCGGAUAGUCAUGAGUUCAGGUUGGAAGGGGGCAAGCUGAGAUAUAUCCAUACGAUCACUGUUGCGGAUAGUUCCGCUUGGGAGAGGGAGGUUGGACUGUCCGCUCGGCUGUGA